AUGGACGACCUCGCAGUGUCGGCGCCGUACUUCACCCAACUGGUGGGGGCGGCGACAAAGAGAUUACCGCAGCCAGUUUCAGAGGAGGAUGCGGGGGACAUCCGCUGCGGUCUGUGGAUGUUGCUUCUGGCGGCUUUGGCCGGCCGGCGCUCAUCCGACUACUGCAAGCCCUGUACAAUGACGAGGACGUGCGGUUAUGGGCGGACCGCCAAAGAGCCGAAGGAGAAGGAGGCGCGGUCUGAGCGUGCCACCUCACUUUCCGAUGAGCCGGGUUUGGGAAGUGUGCGGAAGGACGCCGAGGAGCGGAACCUGACACCGCCCAGAUUUUUGCCCAAGACCAGACGAAGCUCGGCGGAGUCAAGCAGGGCAAAGAAUUCCAGAGGCAUUUACAACUCGGCUUUCUUCGGCCAGGCCGAGCCGACUCUCGCAAGGCCCUUGGUGGAGCUGCUGGACCACCUCUCCAGCAUCAGGAAUUUAGCCCUGGCCUUGGCCCCGCCCAUUUCUGAGGGUGUGCAGGUGCCUGCAGAAGUGGCUUCUGCGCCAGUCUCGCCCACAAGAGCCAGUCUCUCAGGCACCGCAGCUCGACACGUGCUGCCUGUUGGGCGAGAAGAACGGCCUGAGUCGUCGUCACCAGAGGCAGAACGCAGAGCAGAGCCAAGGACUGAAGGUAGUCCUGUCGAGGUGGCAGAACGCAGGGCGGAGCCAAGGACUAGCCCUGUCGAGGUGGCGGAGCCUCAGAUGGCAGAUUUGCAAAUUGAGGCUGCCAUAGCCACCGCAGUGUAUGUGUCGCAGAUCGUGCAGGGCCUGGAUGCAGCCAGCCAGCAGGCUUGCGGCCUGGUCACCGGCCUUGAGACCAAGCUUCACGAGAUCUCCCGGGACCGGGAGCUGUGGGUCCACCGAUACCUGGCCAUCCAGGAGCUUCAGUACGCGGAGAAGCUAUGCAAGCAAGCUAUGGGCGAUUCGCCGCUGGCAGCUGCCGUGUUGGAGUCGCCCAUGGCAGCGGCUUGA